AUGGCUUCCUUCCUCGGCUCCAACUCUCCACAAGUUUCAUCUCUGUCGUCGUUGGAGAUCAAAUUUGUCGGAAUCUGCGGAAAAUAUCAGAUUGAUCCAAGGCCGGCAUCUCCCGGCCGUUCGAUUUCGGUUCAGAAGAAUCGCGACGGAAAUGCGAAUGCGAAUGAGAAUGUGGUAUCGUCGAAUAAGAGGAAAUGGUGGAUGUGUUCUCCGUCUACUCAUCCAGCCUCUUUCCGGUGUUCACUCCACAACAAGAAGUCGAGGCACUCUGUUAAUGCCCUGAAUCGCAGCGAGUUCUCGAACGGAUCGUUGGAUUUUCGUAGAUCGGCAAUGACGAAUUCGAUUGCCAGAAUCGGAGGCGUGGAAGGUGCUGAUCUCGUGAAGAGAGCUUUAUUGGCUUUGAUUAGGCCUUCUUCGCAUCAGCUGCGGCCGCGAUCAGCGUUUCAACCUAGGCCUAGCCGUCUAUCAGUCAUGUCAAAAGCAGAGCAGGAGUAG